AGAUAAUCCGUGAGGCACGGACCCAGAGGCAUAAUGGAGCCCAACAAGGAGCCUCCAAAGGAUUCGCAGCCAAAUGCGGCGACCGGCUUCGGAUUGGAGGAACACGAAGCCACGGGCACUGAUCCACGGGUGAGCGCCUUCCGGACGGGCGAGGACAAACGCCGGGCCUCAGUGGGUUCAAAGUCGCAAACUCGCAUCCAUCCCCAAGCUAUAGUCAAUACUAAUGCGUCCCCGGCAGCGGCAACGGUCGCCCCCUCGUCCACAUCCGAGUCCCCUGCCGAGCUUGCAGGAUCUCCUUCCCAACAGAAGCGCUCGUCUGGCUCGAAUGCAGCGGUUAAUUACGGUAUGGAGGAGGAGGAUGCCACUGCCCAGCAUCCCCGGGUGAGGAACAUCCAGAGCGAACAUUUUCGUCGCAAUCGCUCGACAACAUCGAUGUCCGUAUUGAAGUCAGCAGCCGUGCCGGAGCCUAAUCCGAAGCCAGACCGCCAGUCCGAAAUUGAAUCCUCCGAAACGGACGAUAAGCGGGACACCCUGUCACCUAGUCAGCCAGAGGCACCUGUGCAAGUUUCCAAUGAGAUAAAAGAGCCAGAGCCGGUGUUCAGGCAAGCGUCCAUAAGACCAGAGCCGGAAGCAGCGCCAAUACUACCACCGACUCCUCCAGAGCCCGCGCCCAAGUCUUUGGACUUUACACCGAAGCAAGAAUUUGCGGAACCCCCGCAAAGGAUCGAGGAUGUGCCGUUGCCACCGCCCACAAUGCCGGCCGAGGACGAAGACUUGGACGACGCGCAAAGUGCUUUGAGCAAACUGACCAAUACGGAUGUAACCUUUGAUCCCUCGAAGGCCUACGCCUCCAAGGGGACCAACACCUCGCCCGAUCCAUCCGGAUUAAUAUAUACAGAGGAAAGCGAUGCAUAUGCCAGCGACGAGGAAGAGGAGGAAAACCUUCCAGAUGUGGUUCCUGCCGAGAAUCUGGACCAGCUCUUCCUGUUGGCCUGCCGAGAGGUGCGAAUGGUGGGUACCAUUGCCCUCACAGAAAGCAACAAGGAGGAGAACAAGCAAAUCGCCAACAGGAGUCCUAACCAGCAUGCGAUAUCUCCAGCCGGCAACGCCGUGGAGGAACUGUUCAUCGGGGCCAUAAGUUCAAGAUAUCCGGAUCACAAAUUUAUUGCCGAGGAGCGAAUAUCAAGGUCUGAAGAUGGCAUUUGCGAGUUGACGGAUGAUCCUACUUGGAUCAUUGAUCCCAUCGAUGGCACCGUCAACUACGUCCAUCAGUUUCCCUACUACUGCAUCUCCGUGGCUUAUUUGGUCAACAAGCAGACCCAGUUUGGCAUCAUCUACAAUCCUCCGAUGAAGAACAUGUAUACGGCUCAGCUGGGAAAGGGUGCCAGGAUGAAUCGCCAAAAGAUUCAGACCACCGGACAGAGGGAGCUAUCCAAUGCGUUGGUUCUGCAGGAUUACGGCACUUCGGACGAUGAAGAGCGUCGAAGGGCAGCCAAGACGAAUGCAGAUACUCUUUCCGGGAGGGUGCAAGCAUUGCGCGACGUUGGCUCUCCGGCUAUGUGCCUGGCCUUGGUGGCCUCUGGAGUGGCGGAUGCCUACUUCAACUUUGGCCUUCAUUGUUGGGACAUGGCCGCUGGGAUUCUUUUAGUUACCGAGGCUGGCGGUAAGGUAAUGGAUCCGGCCAACACUAACCUCGACAUCAUGGCCCGUCGCUGCCUGGCGGCCUCUUCCGAGCACCUGGCCUUGCAACUGGGGGGAAGUCUGCAGCAAACCUAUCCGAGGCCACGCGACGACGAGCCAAGAAUCAAAAGCCAAGAUCCAGAAGGAACGGGUGCUGAGAUGAGGGAUUUCAGUGGACAGACCGAUUUCCCAGAAACUGAAGAGUCAUCUGGCACGGAUGAGGCCAAUAGAACGUACGUCGCUUAGUUCCCAGACAACUGCCCGCCAGGAAGUCCAAGUUAACACGGCGGAUAAAUUUUCGUUGUAUUAGAAAUACAAGAACAUUAUGGUUUUUAUUUAAAUGAAGUGAAUAUGGUAUUGGAUUGGAACCGAAAAUUCUUAAUUAUGAGCUUUUAAAAUUUCAAAAACCUGCCAACAAAAUUUGGGAUCAUAAAGCCUAGUUGUCUGUUGUCUCAAAUUUUGUUCAUAAUCCAAGUUUUUACAAAAGUAUAACCAAUUAUACGCAUUUUCUCAGUUUAUUAACCAAA